UUUUAAUUACAAGAAAACGAAACUUGUUUGAGGUCCCUUUUUGUUGUUGUUGUUGUUGUUGUGAUUUGUGUAUAGCUCUUUCAACACAUCUUAGUACUCCGUUUAGCAGCUUGGUCUGUACUGUAACAGAAUAGCCCCACGCAGAAGUGUUGUUAUGACACCCUUCGCACGAUUCUCUGAUUAAAACUAUAACAUGCUCUUCAUCGUGCUUAGACCAGAUCCCAGAUAGAAAGGGGAAGUUCACGUCUCUUCAGUCAGACCUUACCGCGCACAGGCAAUGGAGCACUGCACGUUUCUUCUCAAGUUCUGGAAUCUGAAGUGUUUCUUAUUACUGCUGCUACACUUUCAAGCAGCGUUCGCCCAGGAAGGUCCAGGUUCGGCAGAAAUACGACGGCAGGGUGUUAUACCAUACACGUAUGACAUGGCUUACAUAGAUUAUAAUAAGUACUGGUGCCACGGAUACUACCGGCGAACAUGCACUGUUAUUGCGGACAGCAGCGGGAAGGGCAAAGAGAUCGUGGAAGUGAAGGAUGAUAAAAAAGGAAAGAUUGACGUUACUAUAAAACAAGUCAUACCAGAUGGACAUUACUGGUGUGGGAUAGAAAUGAUUGGACUCGAUUCGAUGGCGUACACAUACGUCUCAAUUAUUAUUAAUGAAGCCGAACAGGAAAAUAUCUACAGGCUGGAAUACAUCAUCCCCAUCACUCUGCUGGUUUUUCUCCUGUUACUGCUGGCAGUGUUUGCUGUCUGGUUUAAGAAAAAAUCAAACAGCAAAAAAAACAGAGGAGAAGAGAAGAAGACCUGCACUCAGAAGGUGUCUUCAGAGAUUUCCUUGGACAAUGAGGUCGGUGUUACUUACUCAGCUGUGCAAGUUACAACAGCGCCCUCUCCUGAAGGAAGAGGAGAGCGUGCACUUCCUGACCCUGAUGUAACAGAACCUGUUAUGUACGCCACUCUCGGGUUCUAAAGAGUGGAACAAUGCAAAGUAUAUGAAUGUAACUAAUCCUUCCACUUUGGUAUCUCUGUGUGUAUUCCAGUCAUUAUAAGCAGGCAUGUGCACAACAGUAUAUCAUUAUUGAAGCCUAGUCUUUGAAAAACAUGCUGUACAAAACUAGGGUUGGCCAUGAUCCGGAGCAGAGCCUGCAGCCGGAGUGGGGUGGAGCCUGGAGCUGGAGCGAAGCCUGGAGCCGGAGUGGAGCUUGCCAGUUUUCGGAGCUGAGCUCCAGAGCUAGCGGAGUUUCUGCCGCAGCUCCGCUAUUUCCUACUAUUCAAAACGAAUUCCUUCCUGAAUUAUUCAGUUCAAAGACUUGAAUGAACAGAAUAAAUUAGAAUAUGAAGUACCUACAUGCAAGUGAAGAUGUACUUUAAUAUACAUAAUAUUUUUGUUGAUAUAAGGAGGCGUCAUUAUUGCAUCAGUGGUUUUGGUUCUUGGUCAAUGGUACUUUGAAAGGUGAAAACAGAGACUAUUUUGACUUAUUUGUGAAUAACAGAUUUGCUUCAAACACAUUAGGAACCAAGUUUGUACCUAGCCUAUUCAUCAGGGGGUCUGCAUCAGCUCUGGAGCCAGCCUGGAUCUGGAGCAGGGUGGAUCUCUGUCAGCUCUAGAGCUGGAGCAGGGAGUCUCCAUCUUCUCUGGAGCCAGCCUGAAUCUGGAGCAGGGGGUCUGCAUCAGCUCUGGAGCCAGCCUGGAUCUGGAGCAGGGUGGAUCUCUGUCAGCUCUAGAGCUGGAGCAGGGAGUCUCCAUCUUCUCUGGAGCCAGCCUGAAUCUGGAGCAGGAGGUCUGCAUCAGCUCUGGAGCCAGCCUGGAUCUGGAGCAGGGGGUCUCCAUCAGCUCUGGAGCUGGAGCAGGGGGUCUCCAUCAGCUCUGGAGCUGGAGCAGGAGCUGCUGAAGCCCGCCUGAAUCUGGAGCAGGGGGUCUGCAUCAGCUCUGGAGCCAGCCUGAAUCUGGAGCAGGGGGUCUGCAUCAGCUCUGGAGCCAGCCUGGAGCUGGAGCAGGGGCUGCUGGAGCCAGCCUGGAUCUGGAGCUGAGCUACCAAAGCAGCUCCGGAGCCAGAGCUAUUAAAACCGGAGCACGGCCAACCCUAGCGUUGACCACACACAGUGAGGACACACUGUUGUCUUACUAGUUCAGUGUAAUUGAUCUGUUUUGCUUUCUGUAAAAAUAAGAAGUUUUGCCAAUUGUAUCUGCACCUUUUUUCCUCACUAUAAAUAACAGUUGUAUGUU